AUGCCUCGCUCCGUUCCACAGUUCCGGUCCUCCUCCAGCGGGGAACCGGGCGACGACCCGGAAAAUGCUCCGACGACAACUCGCACAGCGCCCCCGUCCCCCACAGCCUAUCGUCGCUCGCAAAGCUACCUCGCCGAACCGCAUACCGGCUACCAGUCUCUCGAGGCCCAGAUGGAGAUUGGUGAAACCACCAGCCUGCUAGGGGCCGACGCCCAGCGCCGAGUCCCGCAGCGCUCCUACACCAGUACUUCGGGCAUCUCGGGCCCGGAAUCUCUGCGGUACCUGCUGGCGACGGGCAGUUUGCGCCGCACCCGGAAUCAUAGCAGAGCCAACUCGACGAACCGGAGGGUAAGUCGGCGAACAAGUGUGGGUGAGGAGGCCCGCCCGGCCAGUGUGCCGCCUUCCACGAAGGACGGGUUGACUGCUUCUUCGUUCCUGGACGAACGGACUUGGUAUGAUCAGUUUACCUCAACGGAUUGGGUCCACGACAGCAUUGCAGACGGAGCGCGUCUGCGCCAGCUUCGGCAGCGGAAGGAUAUUCGGGGCCGGUUGCUGGCCUGGUUUGAUGGUGCGCAGGGAUGGGUGCUGGUCGCGAUCAUUGGAUGCAUUACCGCCGCAAUCGCCUACUUUGUGGAUAUCACCGAGGGCCUGAUCUUUGACAUGAAGUCGGGGGUCUGCCGUAUGCCGCCCCUCGCCAAUCGUGACGGGUGCACAGUUUGGUGGUCCUGGUCUCAAAUCUUCAAAUGGUCGAAAAUCCGAAACCAAGCGAUCGACUUUGUCAUGUUCGUUGUGUGGAGUGUGGCUCUUUCUGCAAUCGCCUGCGCUCUCACCUUACUCACCAAGACGGUCGUCCCCUCGUCUGUUUCUUUGACUACCCUCGAUGAGAACCUCGGCGCCGAGUCUCGGGGCACCGACCCGCAUACGGGCAGCGCAGGAAGUGGAACUCCUUCAUCCCAAACAAGUCCGCAUGGAACCUUCCCCAACUCGCCGGUGCAUCCGGCAAUGACUUAUUACUCGGCGGCGGGCAGUGGCGUGGCAGAGGUGAAAGUCAUUAACAGCGGGUAUGUCAUGCAUGGAUACUUGGGCUUAAAGACGUUGGUUAUCAAAACAAUUGCAUUGAUUUUCAGUGUUUCUUCAGGUCUCAGCCUGGGAAAAGAAGGCCCUUAUGUCCACAUUGCUACCUGUGUGGGCAACAUAUGCUGCCGUCUAUUCGACAAAUAUAACCACAAUGAUGGCAAACGGAGAGAGGUCCUGAGUGCAAGUGCUGCCAGCGGUGUAGCAGUCGCUUUUGGUGCGCCGAUUGGUGGUGUUCUCUUCAGCCUGGAGGAGGUCAGCUAUUAUUUCCCACCAAAGACGCUCUUUAGGACUUUCUUCUGCUGCAUCGUGGCCGCCUUGUCCCUGAAAUUCCUCAAUCCAUACGGCACCGGAAAAAUCGUUCUCUUUGAAGUCCGCUAUCUCUCCGACUGGGUAUUCUUCGAGAUUUUCAUAUUCAUUCUUCUUGGAAUCCUUGGUGGUGCCCUCGGUGCGCUCUUUAUUAAAGCAUCCAGCCUUUGGGCCCGAUCUUUCCGACGCAUUCCCAUCAUCAAGCGCUCACCCAUGUUUGAAGUCGUCCUUGUUGCCUUUGUCACCGGUGUCUUCAGCUUCUGGAAUCGAUACACCAAACUACCAGUUACCGAGCUACUCUUCGAGCUUACCACCCCUUGUAAAGGUGAAUCAGAGUCACGCACCGGUUUGUGUCCACGCGAGGAAAAUAUUCCCGAGAUUAUUCAGUACCUUCUCAUUGCUUUUGUUAUCAAGAGUUUCUUGACAGUCAUCACCUUCGGCAUCAAAGUUCCGGCUGGUAUUUAUGUGCCUUCCAUGGUUGUUGGCGGUCUCAUGGGCCGGAUCGUUGGACAUGUUGUUCAAUACUGGGCAACCAAGCACCCGACCAUGUUCCUUUUCAACUCUUGCAACAUCAAUGGCAUGGAGUCAUGCGUCACCCCGGGUGUUUAUGCUUUAAUAGCAGCCGGGUCUACGAUGUGCGGCGUGACUCGCCUAUCAGUCACACUCGCCGUUAUUCUCUUUGAGUUGACUGGCAGUUUGGACCACGUCCUCCCAUUUUCAAUGGCAAUUCUAUGUGCCAAAUGGACAGCAGAUGCCAUUGAGCCUCGGAGUAUUUAUGACUUCCUCACAGACAUGAACUCCUACCCCUUCCUCGACAGCAAACUCCAGCCAACCUCCGACGCCGAUCUCGGCGACAUAGUCCGACCAUCCCGAAAGAACCGCAUUAUAGACAUUUCAGGAUCCCCCUUCGUCCCGGCCUCCGAACUCCGCUCGAAGCUUGAGACUCUUCUGAUGGCAGGCGAACUCGACGGUGGCCUCCCCAUCUUGCGGGAUGGUAUCUUAACCGGACUCAUUCCAGCACCAGACCUGGAAUUUGCCCUUGACACCCUCGGCGACGACGAAGACCAUACGAUCUGUUUGAUGUCAAUGGACUCUUCAAUUGCCAUCUACGAUAGCGACAACGAGGAUCUCUUGCAGGAUGAUUUUACCCGCUACAUUGAUCCUUCACCCAUUGCUCUCGACGUCCACUCCCCCAUCGACCUUGUCUACCAGUGCUUCGCUAAGCUCGGUCUUCGAUACCUCUGCGUUCUCCAGAAUGGGCAUUACGUCGGCCUUGUGCAUAAGAAGGCCUUUGUGAAAUUCAUGAAGGAGAAAGAAUGA